UAAAUUAGUCCUUGUCGUCGUCACUUUUGUAAUGGAUACUCUAACCUUCGUUUCCCUCUUUCGUUCCCAACAACCAGCAAGGGCUGCUGUACCUCCACUGUUCGCGGCCAACAAGCAGCCAGGGCUGCUGUCCCUCCGCCUAGAAUAGCCACCACACGCCACCACUACUUUUUCUCUUCUCCAUAUUUUUUUGGUGAUUUGAUUUGUUUAUGAUGGCAGGUGAAUUCACGUGCUCCUAAUUUAUAAUCUUUACUAGUAAAUAUUAGACAACAAAAUGUUGGUCGCAAAAACUCCCUCACUUCAUCCUCUUCCCUUCUCUAAGAAGUCCUUAAAAGGUCCAAAUCAUUGCAUUAAGUUCAUUUCACCCUUCAUUAGUGUCCCUCAGCCAAAAAAAAUAACUACGACUCGUUCCUUUCCAAGUAUCAAUUCAUCUCUUUCACUAGACCUUGAUAAAUCAGUAAAUGCACUUACUCCUGCUCAGACCCGAGUUGAUAUUCUGUCAGAGUCUCUCCCCUACCUACAAAAGUUUCGUGGAAAAACCAUCGUUGUUAAAUAUGGUGGUGCAGCCAUGAAAUCCGAAUCUCUUCAAGCAUCAGUUAUCAAUGAUCUUGUGCUUCUCUCAUGUGUGGGUAUACGCCCUAUCUUUGUCCAUGGAGGUGGUCCUGAAAUCAACCAAUGGCUCGACCGUAUUGGCCUCAAACCGAACUUUCUCAAUGGUCUCCGUGUCACUGAUGCUUCCACUAUGGAGAUAGUCACAAUGGUUCUUGUUGGCAAGGUCGAUAAAAAUCUAGUGUCUCUCAUAAACAAGGCAGGAGCAACUGCUGUUGGCCUCUCUGGUUUAGAUGGCCGCCUCCUCACAGCACGUCCCUCACCGAGAGCUGCAGAACUCGGGUUUGUUGGUGAAGUGGCACUUGUGGACCCCACCGUUCUUCGGCCUUUGGUAGAGAAUAAUCACAUUCCUGUCAUUGCAUCUGUAGCAGCUGAUGACAAUGGCCAAUCCUAUAAUAUCAAUGCAGAUACCGUAGCAGGGGAAUUGGCUGCUGCACUGGGUGCUGAAAAGCUUAUAUUAUUAACCGAUGUAGCAGGCAUUUUGGAAAACAAAGAUGAUCCAAGUAGUUUAGUGAAGGAAAUUGACAUUACCGGCAUAAGAAAGAUGGUUUCAGAAGGCAAGAUUGCUGGUGGGAUGAUCCCAAAGGUGAACUGUUGUAUUAGGUCUCUGGCUCAAGGGGUUAAGACAGCAAGUAUAAUUGACGGUAGGGUUCAACAUUCACUGCUACUCGAAAUUUUGACUGUUGAAGGGGCUGGAACCAUGAUCACUGGUUGAUAUUUAUGUUCCGUUCCAAUUCAAUCAUCUUUCUAUUCCCCCUUUUGUUUUUCCCACAUUCAGAAGAGCUUGAAUGACGAGGGUGGGGUUGCACUUCUAUGUGAUAUGAUGUUGUCGCGUUUAUUUCUUGUUAGAUUUCUGUACUCGAAGAACACAAUUUUGAUACUUAAUGAAUUCCCGGUUAAGUUCUCGUA